AUGUUGGUCAGUUGGUGGCCGCCAAUGGGGUUUCGGCAUUUUCGCUGCUGGGUCGCUCUUUCCAUUCGAACACUGCUAUGGCGCUGCCCAGGUGAUCCGACUGCCGCUCGGAGGCGGCAACAAACACCGGGUCUAUGUUACUUCUACACCAUCAGGACGACCUUCCGCUCGAAAAUAAAGACGCCCUACUCGGAUAAUCGGCACUUGCACGCCUAUGAUGUUACCAACGGCGUUGUUCUAGUUGGUGUCAACCGAGUCCUCCUUAACCCUGCCAUAAACUGGCUAUUUCGGCACAAGCAAAAUGGCAACCUGCUUAAGAAUGGCAGGUUACUUACCAGAUUCCUGGUCGGCAAGGUGACUCCUGGAAUCACAUACGACGAAAUCGGUAAUAUGCUACAGAAAGAAGUGAAAGUGCCGCAGAAAUAUGCUGCUCCUGCCCAGAAUUUUGUUACCUGA